CUGAUUCACUAUGCUUCUUCACAAAACGAAAUCCCGCUUAUUUUCAGGGCCCCAAAAUCAAUCGUGACUUAUCAGCUGGCAGACGAGAACUCGCACUUUGACGUGUCACCGUUUUCUGGUGAUAUCUUCUCAAAAUCAUCUGUACCACCGGGCAAACAUGAACUUGUUGUAAUCGCGAAGAAUUCGAUCGGACAGGAAUCCACUGCCACCGUUACUGUCGUGGUCAAGGAUGAGAAAGCGGUACGGGAGGUUAAUGGUUCAACGAAUCGACUACGAAGACAACUGUCUGAACCCGUUGUAGUCAAGCUGAAAGAGAAUUCUGUCGCUGACUUCCCAAAGCGAAUUCCACUCUACGCUGGUGAAGUGAUCGCAGCAGCUCCUAUAGUACGAGAACAUGUCACCGUAUUACCAGAUGGUACCGUGAAAGUAACGAAACCAUUGAAUUUCGAGAAAACUCGCCAUCUGUCUGAGUCGGUGCAGAUUGACGGGAAACGGAAAUGUGAGCCAUUUUUCUUUAAUUAUACGUUUCAUGCGUUUUUUUUUCAUUUCGAUGCCGUUUAA